CCCACCGCGACCAGCAGCGACCACAAUCUCUCCGACCACCGCAACAUUAUCAACCUUUGAAACAACACAUACACCACCUCCACAUCAUACACAAUGUGGAACCCAGACGGCAGCGGCAGGCAUGCCCCCGUCAACCUGUCCACCCACUCGUCGUCGUCGUCCUCGGCGCUCCUCAACAACAUCCGCGCAGAGCGCACCGCCCGCGAGGAGCAGCGCAAGCGCGAGGCGGCCGCGACCGUGAUCCAGAGCCUGUGGCGGGGCCGGUCCGCCGCCGCGCGCGUGCAGAACGAGCUGCUCGACGCGUUCGAGCGUGGCCAGUUCCCCUCCGUCGAGCGCGGGGUACGCGCGCUCGUCGUCCUCCUCGGCCAGGACAGGCCAGCGACACGCCAACGCGUAGGCAAGAUCCUCGAGGCGUGGACCACGGCCGCGCGCCAGGUCGAUGGUGCAGGACACCCGGCGUUCGCGGCAGGCCUCACGGACCCAGAGUACUUGCUCGUCUUUGCGCUCGUGUGCGCCAGGAUACUCGGCUUCGUCAGCGGCAGUCCUCGGACGCAGCUCGCUGCCCAUCUCUUAUCGUCACUCGACGCCUUCUUGGAACCCGCAGCCUGGGGCGCAGUGCCAGAUGCUCAGAGGGCGGCCUUUGUGACGGUGCUCGCGUCACAACAAUGGGUCGAGACGGGCGUCAAGGUGUUGAAGGACCUCGUCGCCGCGAGCCUCCCGAAGAGGAAGCACGCUUCCCUACAGCCUCUGGUGCGACUGCUGACGCCGGCGAUCCUCCCGAUAACGACAGACUCACCGUUUGUUCCACCACUCGUUAACGUCCUCCUCGCUGUGCCGUCCCUCGCGUCGUCAAUCCCCAUCACUUCGGUCCCCUACCUGUCCACGCAUCUCGCAUUAUUCUCCGCCCUCCUGCCAGCAGCCGCGGCAAAUCCUGAGCUCCUGUCACAAAAUGGUCUUGCGACAGAGCUCGGCCGUACCCACUUCCUUGCCAACCUGGCCACCUUUGGAAUCAACGGCGGCUUGCUGGCGCGAAACGGUCGUCAGGGGAUGACCGACUGGAUGAAGGUCGUCGGGACUGUCAUCGGGACACUGGGUGAGGGCUGGGGCCAGUGGGUCGAGCGCGCCGGCGCCACGGGAGCUGCAGGUGCACACACGCGUGCUCUCGCUCGUGCAGCCGAGACCAUCGACAGCGACGACGAGGCAGGCGACGGCCGCAAAGUUCACCGACCAGUACUCCCCGCCAGCGUCAGCACCAAGCUGCUCCUCCUCACCUCCUCAGACCAGCUGGCCACCCUGGCCUCAUUCGUGCUCAACUCGACUUCUCCCGGCCUGCUCGGUGACUUUGCCGACUUUGUUCUCGGUAUUCUGAAGGCCUUUAGGGGAUCGACCAGAUGGGAGGCAACAUUGGACGCCGUGCUCGAGGGGAAGCGUGGUCGUGCGUCCGUCAAGCAACUGUGGCGUGAAGGCGUUCGCGGAAAGUGGGACAGCUCGCGACGAGGAUGGGACAAUUGGCAGCAAAAUCCAAACACCUCAGUUCUGCUACUACUAUCCCACGUCUACUCCCACUUCCUCCUUCUGGCUCCCGACGACGAGUUUUUCGAGUCGCAGAGCAACCCCCUCUCGCUCGACGAGGUCAAGGAACUGUCGACGAUAUGGCGCGACUUGGCAUUCUGGGGUUACAUGAACGGCGUGGCCGAGCAUCCUUCCAGCACCAGCGGUACCGACGAGGUCCGGUCCUUAUUCACGCGAGCUGUCACUCGUGUCGCUGAGAGGAAUGCGAGGCGCAAGUUUGCCCCCGACAACUUCUGGGUCAUGCAGACGGAUCUGCAGGGAUUCGUGGAGGCAGUCAAAGACGAAGACCACGUGCUCAGCGGCGAGUCAGAGGAGCACCAGGAAGGGCCUCGCUACCGCCCACGGCACCUGUCGCGCCGCCAGCUUGCAUUCAGCUCGCCUCGCAUCGGCCUCCUCAACAACCUGCCCAUGGCGAUUCCGUUCGGCACGCGACUCCAAGUAUUCCGCGAGUUUGUGCGAGCUGACCAGGAACGCCUGGGUAUCUCACGCUAUGACCGGCGAACUCGACACAAGGCCACGAUUCGCCGAACCAACCUCGCCGAGGAUGGAUUCCGGCAGCUGAAUCGACUCGGCCCGGCGCUCAAGGGCACGAUCGAGAUCAGCUUUGUCGACAAGUGGGGCCAGGAGGAGGCUGGUAUCGACGGCGGUGGCCUGUUCAAGGAGUUCUUGACGGAGAUGUCCAAGGAGGCGUUUGACACGGAGCGUGGCCUGUGGUUGGCGAACAACAGCAACGAGCUGUAUCCCAACCCGCACUCGUACUCGACCGAGUCUCACCAGCUGCAGUGGUAUGGCUUCAUUGGCCGUGUCCUAGGCAAGGCGCUUUACGAGGACAUUCUUGUCGACGUGACCUUUGCUGGCUUCUUUUUGGCCAAGUGGCUCGGUCGCCAGUCGUACCUCGACGACCUCGCAUCCCUCGACCGCGAGCUGUACAACGGCCUGGUCAAGCUCAAGAACCUGCCCAACCCCGAGGACCUGGAACUCUACUUUACCGUCACCGAGGACGAUUUCGGCGUCGCGAGGAGCGUCGACCUGGUGCCCGGUGGCUCGGACAUUGCCGUCACUGCCGCCAACCGGCACGAGUACAUCCAGCUCGUGUGCAAGUACAAGCUUGACAGGCAGAUUGCACAGCAGAGCAGGGCAUUCUUCUCGGGCCUGUCCGACAUUAUCGACCCGACAUGGCUGCGCAUGUUUGACCAGCAGGAGCUGGCUCAGCUUCUCGGCGGCGAGGAGACGCCAAUCGACCUGACCGACCUGCGCCAGCAUGCGCAGGUGACGGGCUACGAAGACGGGUACACGCCGCAGCUGUUCUGGAAGGUGGUCGCGGGCUUCACUCAGGAGGAGCGGCGCUCGCUCUUGAGGUUUGUGACGGGCUGCUCGCGCCCGCCGCUGCUGGGCUUUGGGUACCUCAACCCUGGCUUUGCGAUUCGCAACGGCGGCGCGGACACGGAGCGGCUGCCGACUGCGUCGUCGUGCGCCAACCUGCUCAAGCUGCCCGACUACAAGAAUGAGCGUGUACUGCGGACCAAGCUACUGCAGGCGAUCAACAGUGGCGCGGGCUUCGACAUGAGCUAGAGGGUGGACGGGGUUGUGAGGGUUGAUUGUUGUGUGUAGUUGUAGAAGAGCUAGAUAGCAUGUUGGCGGGGUAUGCAGGCAUAG